AUGUCCGACUCAUCCGACGACGAAAACACGCCGCCCGGCACUCACCAAUGUACUGGCACCAAUUGCCGCCUUCCUGCUGCACCUGGCAAGAAGAAAUGCCCACGCUGUCUCGAGCAAGGGAGGGCGGCGGCGAAGAAGUACCGCCAGAAGAGGAAGGCCAAAGAUGGCAGCGGACCUGCUCCGAAGAAGCAGAAGCGUGAUGGGCUGAACCCGACUGACGCGUCCAACAUACCCAACAGCCACGCACGACAUAGCUCUGAUCUGGAGUCGUCUGACGAAGGAUCUGACACGGAUUCUUCUUCCUAUGAGGCAAGUACAAUCUCAUCGCAUGAUUUCCGUUCACUGCGGAGACGCGUCAAAGACGACACAUUUGACCUGCAUUUCAAAGCCCAGGCAACACUCGCAGUCGACCCACAGUUUGACGCGCGUGAACGCGUGAAAACGACCGCCGUCGACGUCUGGAAAGCCUCGGGGUUCCAUUUCACUGUUCACCGGCACCGUGCACUGAAGACAGGCCAUUCCACGACUUAUUGGUGCUCACAGGAUGCCGCAAGAAAGAAGGACGCAAAGCCCUCGGCCAAACCCGGUGCGAAACAUCGCGAAACACCGGGCAUGGAUCGCUUCCCAUGCAAGAGUCGUCUCACAAUUGCAUGCCGCACCGCAGGCGUUGGCGCAAAUGGCAAACCAACGCUAUUCAUCAAUUUCAAACACGCGAUGCGACACAUUGUGUACCGGGAUACAUCAAUGCCGGCGGCAGCAAUCGCCAUGAUUCGUGACGCCGACGACAGCCUGACUCCCGCGGAACUCGCCGUCAAGGUCAUAGCCAAGUUCAAGGAUGUCUCCCGAGCGCAGGUCAACAAUAUCUGGCGCCAAAAAAUGGAGGCAUUCUAUAAGCGGGACGAUAAUCAGCUCAAAUCUGCGCGGCUACUACUGAGUGAGCUUGCGCACCUUGGCGUUGACGUGCUGGAGCCUGUGGGAGUACCCCCGGAUGUCGAAAUUCUGGCUUGGGGUAUGAGGAAAAUCGCCCAGCCACUGCGUGAUACUGUCCAGGAGAUUGCUAUGGACGCGACAUAUAACACGAAUUCACGCAAUCUUGAGCUCUACGCCGUCAUGGGAGAGCUCGAUAACGCGGGCCAGGGCAAACGAAAGAACACUCUUGCCGCAUUUCUGUCAUGCGUCAAAGCACAAUAUGGGAUUCAGCCCAAAUUCACCCAUGUCGACAAGGACCUCGGCGAGAUUGCGGCUCUCAAGCUUGUCUGGCCACAGGCGAAGACGUCCAUUUGCUGGUGGCAUGUCAAUGACGCGGUCGGCAAGCGUAUUCGGAUGACAAAGCUGGCGACAACCAAGUACAAGCCACAGCGUGCCCGCGAAGAGUUUAGCUUUAUCGACCCUAAUUUUGCGCCAGCUGGAAAGCCGGACAAGGAAGAAUAUGAGGGUGGACGUCCGGAGGAUGUGUCUGAAGAUGAAGAUGAGCCUGAGUUACCCACACCAACACACAAUCCAUCGCGACUCACCGUUCGGCUUCCCAUCCGUCAGCCAUCACCACCGAGGCGUCUCGAUGCUAGCGGCAUUCCGGUCAUCCGGAUUCAACCUGGGCCAUUCAUCUACGACUCGUCAGACGACAGCUCAGACGCUGCAAUCGAGACCGACGAUGAAGAUGACACAUCCGAGUCAGAGGUGACGCAACUGCUCGGGAAGCGCAAACGAAAGUCGCCCAAGCGCCUGUUUUGUCCACCAGAGCAGCAGGCGCCGCUCAUUGAGAUGAUGAAGCAGCACUCGCAUGCCCACCCGCUGAUUCCUGGCUUCUGUCAUCCAAGGGCAGACGGGAUCCGUUACUGGGCUGUCAAGCAGAUGUACGACUUCUGCGUAGCCCAUGAUCUUCGAGAGGCGUGGGCAUACCUGUGGGGAAACUGGUAUCGUUCCGGCCGGUGGGAGAUCUGGGUACGCUCCGCACAUCCAAUGAUCCCUCGUCUACGGACAACAAUGAUCUGCGAAAGCCAUUGGCGCAAGUUAAAGCAAGAGUACCUCCACGAAUUUCACUGCCCACGACUUGAUCUCCUGGUCUGGGUCCUUGUGACAAAACUCUGUCCACCUUACUACGACAAACUAGUCAAGUUCACAACAUACCUCGGACGAACGCGAAUUUCGGAGCUGCCAUCCUGGCGGGGGACGCUGCUCAGUGUAUGGCGCAAACUUGAGGGACGCGACGUCUCCGACCGUGUGCAGGAUGGCUAUCGCCCGGAUGUCAGGCGCUGGGUCUGCUCCUGCCCCUCCUAUGCGACGAGCAGAUUCCUCAUCUGCAAGCACCUGAUUCGGCUCGUCAAACGUGUCUCAACACGAUUCUUCCGGGAGGUUCAACGACAGCGGACCACGCCAUUCUGGCAGCACCCGGACUUGGCCCGCGCGAUUGGGGAAGUGCCCGAUGACGAGGAUGAUGAAGGUCCACUCGGCGCCGGCCCAUAUGCCGAGACCGAGGCCGAUCGCGAGUUUGAAGCAUCUGCCGCCACCUUUGAAGCCGAAUUUGACGACGAGAUCGCCCUCUUGGAGAGCUUUGUGGCGGGACUCAAGCACCAGCGGCAGUUUCGGGACCCCAAGAUGUUAGAGGUGUUGCGCAAGAAGGGCGGCGGUAUGAUGCGGCUAGCAGAGGUAUGCUUGGCAAAGGAGGCCUCGGCACAGAACAAUCGACGUCGGGCAGUGCGGACAUGGGACCCCGACUUUGCAGAUGCAAUGUAUUACCGGCCUCGACCACGCGAAGCCGAAUCCACGACGUAG